AUGCCGUGGAGCAUCCUCCCAAAGUCAGUAACAGCAUGGCUGAAUCUUUGGGACGAGAGAUUCUGCGAAGACGUGAGAGACUUCCACGGGGCCCAGGAAGCCCGGGCCCGACUGCAUUUCCAGGGUGAAGCGGGGAAGCUCACCCACGUGGAAGCGCUGAUCCGCAACGACGUCGCCUUGAACUUUGCGAUCCAGCGCGGGGCGGUUCUCCAGAGCGAGCUCAAGACCCUCUCCGUAUGGCUAGUGAUUUCCGGGGCCGCGGAUGUCACCACCGCGGAGGAAAUUUACUCAAGCAUCCAGACCAUCGAACCCCAGUUGUCGACGCUAGAAGAGACGAUCUGGCGCUUGGAGCGCAGGACCCACGAGGUCCUGAGUCGGUUCCCUGAGGGCCCGCUGGAGCGCGCGGUGAACUGCAACCGAGCCCGCUCGCACUGGCACAUGGCCCCGCUACUCAAGGAGGACUGCGCUGGCCGCGACGGGUGCUGCACGCGCAAGUGCAGAUGCUGCGCCAAGCCAAGAAGCACGGCCCGUGCAAAGCAGGGCCACUGUACGUCCGCUUGCGCGUGA